GCGCAUCGUGCUUCUCUUGUCAAUUCACACGUUUCAGACCUCCAUCAGGCUUUGCAUUAGCUAGGAAGACGCGCUUCCCAUUUCUUUCCAGUUUAGUUUGACGGAGUUCUGUUAUGGCUUCAAAUAUUAGUGAUACUGCGGCUGCCGCAUUUGUUUAUUCAUAUCUUCAAGAAAAGGAUCCAAAUUAUGCCGAAGCUUUUAAGAAAAAAACUAAUGCACCAACACUUCUCAAAGGAUCACCUUCUCUAAAAGAUGUCAUCGAACAUUUUCAAAAAACAUCCCCUUUGAAGAGACGGAUUUCACUUGAAAACAUGCCAUCGUCAAAAAAGUUGAAAACUGAAAGUAGUGACAGUGAGUCUGAUUCUGGAAUGGAUGAAGCAAAACCCCCCCAAGUAACCAGGAAUGGAGUGUCACCAAAGGCAAAUGUCGUGGCUAAACCAGUUGCAAGUUCAUCUAGUGAAAGUGAUUCUUCUGACGAAGAAGUUCCAGCCACUAAAGCCACACCUGUUAAAAUGUUAAACAAGCCUCAGGUGACCCCUGCAAAAGCUGUUGUACCGAAAAAAACUGAUUCUAGUUCUUCAGACUCUGAGUCAGACUCCAGCGAAGAGGAAGCUCCCAAACCAGCGAAUGGGCCUAAAGCUGCAGUCAAAAUCACAGCAACUGCUACACAAAUUCCUAAGAAGGCUGAAUCUUCUUCGGAAGAAUCAGAUAGUGAAGGUGAAUCAGCACAAGUAACAGAAAAGAAAACCCCAGUUAAGAUAGUAAAUAAGCCACAGACACCUGCUGCAAAAGCUGUAGCUGCUCAGAAAAAAUCUGAUUCAAGUUCUUCUGAUUCAGAUUCAGACUCUAGUGAAGAGGAACCUCCAAAACAGGCAAAUGGGGUCAAAGCUGCUCCGAAGAUUGCAGUGCCCGCUAAACAGGUACCUAAGAAAGUAGAAUCUUCUUCAGAAGAAUCUGAUAGUGAAGAUGAGAUGCCACAAGCAAAACCAAAUAAACCUGCAGUCAACGUACAACCCAAGUUAAUUCAGAAGACGGUAAAAGAAUCCAGUUCUGAUGAAUCUGACAGCUCAGAGGAUGAAGUACCAGCCAAGCCAGUGGUGAAAACAGUAGUGGCUAAACCAACUCGUAAAAAUGAAGAGAGUUCUGAAGAAUCGGACAGCUCGGAAGAUGACACAAUUAAGCCAACCCCCGCUGCAUCUACGCCUGCAAAAACUCCAGCCAAACCUCCAGCCAAACCAACACCAAAGCAGGAGAGUUCAGAAGAUUCAGAUAGUUCUGAGGAUGGAAAACCGAUCCAAAAAGCGGUCGCUGCUAAGUCGGCAGUUAAACUUCCACCUAAGAAAGCGCAGAGUUCAGAAGAUUCAGACAGCUCAGAUGUCGAUUCAACACCAACAACUGCCAUUAAAAAAGUGAUUGCGCCAGUUAAACAACAAGAUUCAAGUUCGGAGGAGUCUAGCGAUGAGGAACCUGCAUCAAAACCCGUGCCGAAGGCAGUUACACCCAAGCCUGUUUCCUCUAAAGUUGCCGAAAGUAGCGAAGAUUCUGAGGAGAGCUCCGAUGAAGAAAUGUCUACGCCAUUGAAAAAUACCCCAAAAGCGGCAACAGACGUACGAAUCGGUACUCCCCAACAUGCUGAUCAGAAAACACCUACGCAUAAUACAUCUGGUACAUUUAGUAAGAGUCCUAGCGCUGUAGCUUCCACUACACCGAAAGACCUAAACAGGUCUGCAAACGGUGGAAGUGCACGCAGAACGCCCAACACACCGUUUCGCCGCGUCCGAGAAGAAGAAAUUGAAAUAGACCAGAAAUUCACAGAUAAUUCAUUUAAUGCUAAGGAGGAAGAGGCUGGUGGUGAGGACGUAGCUGCGAGACCCGGAUUUGGAUUUGGAAGGGGAGGCGGACAAAAUGGGUUUGGUAACAGGGGAAGAGGUGAAUCUGGCGAUCGCGGCGGAUUUCACCGUGGUCGUGGAAGCGGAGGAUUUGGUGGACGUGGGAAUGGAGGAAGAGGUGGCCGUGGUGGGUUUUCCAGAGAUGGAGGUGCGGAGCAGGAUGGGGCUUCGCCUAGGACAUUCGGGGGUUUUAGAGGAGGCUUUGGUGGGUCAAACCGUGGCAGCGAAGGCGGUUUUAGAGGUGGGCGUGGGGGAUUUUCCCGACCAGAAGGAGACGCUCAAGCCGGAGAUGCUACGAAUAACGACGGUGGUAAUCGUCGAGGAGGAUUUGGCGGCGGCUUUGGUGGUCGAGGUGGUUUUAGGGGUGGAAACAGUGGGUCAGAUAGAGGACGUGGUGGCGGUUUCCGUGGUGGGAGAGGUUUUGGCAACAGAGGCUCUUCCGGCCCUAGUAUUCAAGCGAACUCCUCGGGUACGGGUGUAAACAAGAAAAUGGUGUUUGAGUAGUAGAUAAAGUUGAUUAGAGGCGCAGUGGGUUCAUGGGGAGAGCGGGCCAACCAAGAUUUAAUACACACCAAGGGCAAGAGUUUUCGACAUGAAAAGACGAAGAAAAAGCGAGGAAGUUACAGGGGUGGGGCCAUUUCAUUCGAAGUGAACUCCAUC